UUCUCUCUCAUCUCUUUCGCUGGUCUUGGAAUAACAAACACACUUUAGCCAUUAAAAACAAGGAGACCGAUAAAAAGAAAGUUAUGGAUGAAAGAAUACCGCGCCUGCAGGACAGACAGUAUCUGGAUCACGCAGAUUUCUUGGGGGUAGAAUAUUCGUCUCUCUACAUGUGCAAAUCAAAAAGAGGGAUGAAACGCGAGGACGGAAAGGACGCGUAUAAGUUACCGCACAGACUCAUAGAAAAGAAGAGAAGGGACCGGAUAAAUGAAUGUAUUGGGCAACUUAAAGACUUGUUACCCGAGCAUCUAAAACUAACGACGCUGGGACAUUUGGAAAAGGCGGUUGUUCUCGAGUUAACUUUGAAGCACUUAAACGCCUUGACUGCUAUCACCGAGCAACAGCACCAGAAGAUUAUCGCCUUGCAGAACGGUGAUCGGUCGCUGAAAUCCUCCAUCCAAGCUGAUUUAGAUGCUUUCCACUCGGGAUUUCAAGCGUGCGCCAAAGAAGUUUUGCAGUACCUGAACAAGUUCGAGAACUGGACCACACGCGAACAGAGGUGCGCUCAGCUCAUCAGCCACUUGCACAAAGUUUCUGCGCAGUUUCAACCAAACGCUCAGCUUCUACAGCAUCCAUUGACAGGCAGCAGCGAGAAUCAGGACCGGGAAGGUCAAAAAGACGGUCAAGCCAACUGCGUCCCUGUCAUUCAAAGGACUCAGAAUCCUGAGCUGAACGAAAACGACACAGAUACUGACAGUGGAUAUGGAGGGGAGGCAGAAAAGGGCGAGGGCAAACUGGACAAAGGAUGUGACAGUGGAAAAGCGCAGGGACCCAAGGGAGUCAAGAUAAAGCAAGAAUUUGGGGACGAGCGUGUCGUCAAAAAACCAAAGAUGAACUGGACUGGCAAUGGUCCAACGAGCGCGGACCCCACCAACCGUCCAGAUUUGGCGUUUAUGAACUCUCUAAUGGGAAUGACAGGCGUUGGACAGCAAACCCCCUUUUGCAUGCCUUUUUACUUCAUAAACCCAUCAGCAGCAGCUUCAUACAUGCCUUUGUUUGAUAAGAGUAAUCUGGAGAAGUAUGUCUACCCAGCAGCUGCGCUGACCGCUCCGUUCCCAUGGUUGUACCCUGGGCUGCCAGCGCACGCCACAGCAGCUGCAGCAGCGGCGGCUGCUGCUGCUGCUUUCCCCGGCUUGUCAACUGAAAAAGGCAUGGGAUUCAAUACAGCCUCACAAAACAAAGACUGUCCAUCUCCGGAUGGUGACCUUUCAAACGAGGCCGAGUUAGUCUCACCGGCGGAGGGCGAGCAAAGUUCAGAGAAUGAAAACCAUGGGGACGAGUCCCAAAAAAACGAAAAUGAUGGUACAUAAUCAUUUGACCUUUCGGGUUCAUUUUU